AUGUACAAUACUCAAAAUCCAUUCUACUGGCUCAGCGUCUUCCUAUUACUUUCAAGCGCUCUUGCAACAAUUCAAGCACAGAAUACUACAUCAUUGAGAAGAAUCACAACAAUUGCAGGUGGAGGUGUUUGUGAUGGUGGCUUGGCAAUUAAGGCUUCUUUGGCAAAUCCUGCAUCAUCAGCAUUGGGUCCAGAUGGUUCACUCUUCAUUGCAGAUAGCAAUAAUCACAGAAUUCGUCAAGUAUUUCCAAAUGGCACCAUUACAACAAUUGCAGGGACUGGAUUUUCAGGAUAUAACGGAGAUGGAAUUGAAGCAAUUAGAGCUCAAUUGAAAAAUCCUGUAUCAGUAGUUGUUAAUUCUAUGGGAGAGGUGUUGUUCAGUGAUAAUGGCAACAAUAGAAUUAGAAAGAUAUUAACCAAUGGUACUAUUAUAACCAUUGUCGGAACUGGAGUUGAUUCCUUUUCUGGAGAUAAUGGAUUGGCCAGAAAUGCAGCUAUUAAUUAUCCUUAUGGCCUUACAUUAAAUAGCAAGGAAGAAUUACUCUUUACCGACGUGAACAAUAAUAGAAUUCGCCAAGUGUUCAACAAUGGAACAAUUAUAACAGUGGCAGGAAGCAAUUCUCAAGGUUACAAUGGAGAUAACAUGAAAGCUACGAGUGCAACUUUGUUUCUUUCCUUUGGUGUUGCUGUUGAUACGAAAGACAAUAUUUAUAUUGCUGACACCAAUAAUAACAGAAUUCGUAAAGUAUUAUUGAAUGGCACUAUUGUAACCAUAGCCGGUACUGGAACAGGUGAUUAUUAUGGAGAUGGAGGCCUGGCAACCUUAGCUAAAAUUAAUUCACCUUAUGGAGUUGCAGUUUCAUCAUUAGGCGAAGUUUAUUUUUCAGAUUCUAAUAGAAUUAGAAAGGUGUCUACCAAUGGAACCAUUACAACAUUUGCAGGAACGAGUUUGUAUGGUUUUACUGAUAAUACUACGGUCAAUUUGGCAACUCUUGCCUCUCCUGAAUUGAUGAAUUUUGCCAAGAACACAAGUGAUUUAUAUAUUGCUGAUAAGGGAAAUCACAGAAUUAGAAAGAUUUCAAAUGGAUUUAUUACCACAAUAGCUGGACAAGGUUCUCCAUCAUAUUGUGGUGAAAAUGUUGAUUCUAGAUUGAGCGCAUUGAGUAAACCUAAAGGUGCUGCAUUGGAUUCAUUGGGAAAUAUUUACAUUGCUGAUACAAGCAAUCACAGAGUUAGAAAGAUUUCGUACUUGGAUGGGACCAUCACAACCAUUGCAGGUACUGGAUCUUUUGGUUAUAAUGGAGAUGGAAUUUUGGCAACAAGUGCUCAAGUUAACAAACCAACAGGAAUUGCAUUUGAUUCCAUUGGUAAUAUUUAUAUUGCAGAUUCUGGUAAUAAUAGAAUUAGAAAAAUUUUGACAAAUGGUACAAUUCUUACUAUAGCUGGAGUUGGAUUAGGUGGCUACAAUGGCGAUGGAAUUCCAGCAACAAAUGCGAAACUCAAUUCCCCAGUUUCAGUAACUGUUGAUUCAAAUGAUCUUGUUUAUAUUACAGAUACGUAUAAUCAUAGAAUUAGACUAAUAUUACCAAGUGGAAAUAUUUCCACAGUUAUUGGAGGCUCUGUUGGUUUUAAUGGUGAUUAUCUCUUACCGAACAAUACCAAGCUGAAUUAUCCACAAUCUAUCGCAUUUGAUUCAAGUAAUAACAUGUACAUUGCAGAUACUUAUAACAAUAGAAUAAGAAAGAUGUUUACUAAUGGAACAAUUAUAACUGUUGCAGGAACAGGCACAUUAGGUUAUAACGGUGAUGGAAUCGAAGCAACAAAUGCACAACUCAAAUAUCCACAAGGAAUUGCCAUUGACGGUGAUGAACUCUUGAUUGCAGAUUCGUACAAUAAUAGAAUUAGAAGAGUUCUCUCUAAUGGUAAUAUCACCACCAUUACAGGAACUGGUGAUUUGGGUUACAGUGAAGAUGGAACCACUGCCUCCGCUUCAAAAAUCAAUAAUCCAUCUGGAGUAAUUUUAAGACGAAAUGGUGAAAUAAUUGUAAUUGACUCUGACAAUAGUCGACUAAGAGUAAUAUCCACACUUCGUACAUGCAAUGGAACCUUUGCCAACAAUCCAAAUGUCUGUAAUGGCUUGGGUGUUUGUUUUGCACCUGAUGUUUGUGAUUGUGGAGAUUUAUACGGUGGUCAAUUUUGUGAAUUCUCUAAAUGUUUUGGAAUUAUUUCAAAUUCUUCAAAAGUUUGUUCAUCAAGAGGAGUUUGUAAUUCACCAAAUACUUGCAUUUGUAAUCCUGGUUUUUAUGGAAAUAAUUGUGAAUUGUCCACUUGUUUUGGAAUUGUAAGCAAUGAGAGCUCAGUUUGUUCUGGAAAUGGUAAUUGCACAGCAACUGAUUCUUGUCAAUGCUUUAAUGGAUGGUUUGGAUUCGAUUGUUCCAUCCCUUCUUGCUUUAACAUUUUUGCCAAUGAUAGUUCAGUGUGUUCCGGAAAUGGAAACUGUUCAACUGUAAAUAAGUGUGAUUGUCAAUUUGGAUGGAAGGGAUUGGAUUGCUCAAUUAUUGUAAAUACUACCACUCUAGAGAUGAAUAAUUCCAAUACCAAUAAUUCAAUUCCAAACAAUAAUGGAACAUUAAGCAAUGACGCUAUUUCAAACUCAACACUUAAUUCAAAUUCUACCGUUACAAAUAAUACUAUUACAAAUAACACUACUGUCAAUAAUUCGAAUAAUACAACAAUGAAUACAAAUGAGACUGUGUCAUUGAAUAAUAAUUCUACUGUAAACAAUAUAACAAAUAAUAAUAUUACAAAUACUAACUCUUCAAAUAACACAAUUGUAAAUAAUAAUACACUUAUAGGCAAUAAUGUAAAUACUACCACGACAAGUAAUAAUAACACUCUUGUAAAUAAUACUACUCAAUCAACAACACAAAAUUCCACAAAAACUCCAGGCAAUUCAGAUUCUUGGACAUGUUUUGAAAUUCCAAAAACCAAUUCUGCUGUUUGUGGAGGUCACGGACUUUGCAUUUCACAAAACAUAUGUCAGUGUAAAGCCAAUUCUGCAGAUGGUUAUUGGACUGGAUCAAAUUGUGAUCAGUGCCAAGCUAAUUAUUGUGGAGAUGGAUGUAAAAGUAAUAUUUGUUCACAAUCCAAUGAUAAUAGCAUGUAUGCCUUAUUUGCCUUAAUUAGUAUUCCAAUAGUUGGAGGUAUGGGACUUGUGGCAUGUAUAGCAUUUGGACUGAGAUUAUGGUUUUUGACACAUCGAAAGAAAGUAACUGUUUCUUCUGUUUAA